AAUCACUUUAAUCAUUCAGUGCUCCACCCAAACUUUUCAACGUCAGCUAUAGAGAGAGAGAACUUCAUUCAAAAUUCAUCGUUCAAGCUCUCUGAGGAUCAAUUCCCAGAGAUGGCCAAUUUCUAUGGGAAUUACCAGAUCCCAUACGAUUCCAAUCAGGUUAAUCUCUAUGAUCAUAACUAUUAUUAUGAUAAUAACAAUCAACAGCAGCAGUUUGGUUCCUAUCCAACGAGUUAUAAUAGCUAUAAUAACUGGAAUGGAUCUGAGUAUGAGACAUCCUCUGCCUCUGUUGCAUCAUACUCUGUUUCUACCAUGUCUGAGCCCAAACGCUCCUUCUAUGAUCAUAACUGUUAUUAUGAUAAUAACAGUCAACAGCAGCAAUUUGGUUCCUAUCCAACGAGUUAUAAUAGCUAUAAUAACUGGAAUGGAUCUGAGUAUGAGACAUCCUCUGCAUCUGUUGCAUCUUACUCUGUUUCUACUAUGUCUGAGCCCAAACACUUGUUCUAUGAUCCGAAUUUAUACACAACCUACGAAUCUCCUCCUCAGUUUAGCAUCUAUUACUCUGUUCAAGGCUUCAACGAGCCGGAAUUCGACGAGUACGAUCCGACGCCGUACGGUGGUGGCUACGAUAUCGUUGCAACUUACGGAAAACCUCUUCCUCAAUCGGUGGAAACUUGUUACCCUUCUUCAACGGCUUCUCUGGGAAAACCUCCUUCUCCUCCGGAGAUUAUCGCUCCUGUUCCUCUUGGAAUCUAUGAGGGUGGUGAAAAUAAAGCUGUUAAGAAACGUGUAACUUUCGCUGAACCGUUAACGGAAGCCAAACCAUUGGAAACCAUUAAAGAAGAAAAAGAAGAAGAUUAUCAUGAAGAAGAAACAGAGGAAGAUGAAGAAGAAGAAGAAGAUGAGGGGGAGGAAGAAGAAGAUCACAGUUCAAGCUAUGGAACUGUUAAAUCUGAAGCAGUAGAUAAAUUAGAAGAAGUGAAAGCUCUGUAUGUUCCGUCUGGUUACGGCUUAGAAGCGACUGAUCUCUGCGAGGUGAUAUUCGGAGGUUACUUUCCUUGUGUGUUACGUAACAAAAGACGUCAGGAAGAUGAAAAAGAUCGUGCGGCUGGUGUUUCUUGCUGGGAAAGCAACGAUUCUGAUCCGUGGAAGACGACUUCCGACUACCUUUUCGGGGAUUCGUAUCCGUACGGAUAUGAGAAUCGGAUCGAAAGAAGUCAGUUCGAGAUCUCCUCUUAUGGUUAUCGGAGGUAUUAACCGGAGAGUUAUCGUCAGAUGUGUCAAA